GAUGGCGACGGCGGCAUGGACCGGGGCGGCGGGGCUUCCGGCGGGUCCCGUCCGGGAGUCCUGGAGAAGAUCUUCAGCCUCAGCUUGGUGGCGCCGGAAGGCAACGCUACUUGCUCCAUCGCCUUCUGCCAGUUCCCAGAGAUGUGGUAUGGUGUCUUCCUGUGGGCUCUGGUGUCGUCCAUACUGUUCCACAUCCCUGCAGGAUUGCUGGCCCUCUAUACCCUUCGGCGACACAGCUAUGGCAAGUACAUGUCAGUGAGUAUCCUGCUGAUGGGCAUCGUGGGACCAAUAACUGCAGGCACAUUAACUAGUGCUGCAAUUGCUGGUGUUUACAGAGCUGCUGGGAAGGAGAUGACUCCCUUUGUGGCCCUGAUGUUAGGCGUGGGGCAGUCCUGCUGCGUGGUGAUAAUUUCCUUCUUACGGAUUUUAGCCACCCUUUAGCGGUGCUUUGGAAAUGGAGGCCAGGGCAGCUUCAAGCAGCGAUCCUGGUUGUUGAAGAAAUCAAAGGGUUCAGUAAGCAAAGACAUGCUCCUGCUGAAGCCUGAUGGGAGUCAUACUUAGACUAAGGGCACUCGGGGACCAGCUGCCCUUUGUUUCGCUGAAGCUUGUGCUGGAGAAUUUUGCCCAUGGAUCCUGUGUUCGAGUGGCCCUUUUAUCUCUAAUCAGGCAAAGCCCUCGAUUACAAGGAAGACUAUUCCAUGCACUCAUGUUGUGAGCUUCGAAUGAUGUUUUAAGGCAGUUGAGGCUGCUCAGUCUCUGUCUUCUGGCCAGUUAGUAUGAUGGAAUGACUGUGUGCGCAUGAAUGGGUGAGAAGGAUGAAAUGCUUUUAAAUCUUUCUAGAAUGCUGCCCAAUGGGUUGGAAGCUUUCACAUCCAGCUCUGCUGUCAAACAGGCUAUCAGCUUGUCUUAUAAAGCUGGUUGAAACAGACGCUGGUUACGUGUUUUAAAAAUUAUACUGUUUUUGUAACCUUAAGUGCCAAGUGUGUGUGUGUGGGGGGGCGUGUCUUUGUGGGAUGUUGUGUAUCUGUGUGAAUUCAGUGAACAGACAUGAAGAUCAUCUUGUAGUAACUAAAAGUAUCCCAGGAUGCUUACCUCUGAGCAACUUUACUACUGAACUCAAUUUGUGUAAGGGAGAUGCACUUUAAUGAACUCACGCCCCUUAUAGGGAGAAAUGUGAAUUGGAAGCUCUACGGGACACACCGAACUGCUUCUUCGGGCAAGACAUUCUUCAGAUUCCAGUUACCACUGUCUUAAUACAAGAUAUUCUCUGCCGCUACCUCAAAAACAGUGGAUUUGCAAAUGCUGCUCUAUUGAAGCUUGCAGACAGGUGUUUUGUGUCUUGUUUGCAAGGUAAACAAUAGGAUGAAAUCUAUUAAAUGCUAUGGUAACUGGUUCCUAAACCCCAGCACGCUUUCUAUUGUUAAGCUGUGAAAUAUUUUUAGCACUUCUUUUAUGCGAGCAGUGUUGUGAUAAUCCGUUGUCUUAAUCUUGUUUGGGUAAAAAAGUGUAUCUGCCUGAAUUCAAAGACAUUCGUGCAGGGUCACUGUUUUGCUGUGCAGCUAGCAAUUGUAUCUGUGAACUGGACCUCACCCCAGGGGACCUUUAGUGAAUUUUGGGGCCUAUAAGUGCCUGAGCAGCUUGCCCUUUCCCCUCUCCAGUGACUAGUCUUAGAAACCUGACUAUUCCUUGAGUGAAGGUAAUUUGGUUUCUACUUGGGAACCCAGAAGUUAUUUCUCCAGGGGUUUAGUUCAGGCGUUUACUCACCUGCCAUGAGGCCAUGAAUCCUACCAGUGUCUUGAAUGUCUUUUAAAGAUCUGGUGCCAGCUCUUUCUGGAGGAGGCUGUUAACAGCUGACAGGAACAAGCCAUGUGGGGAUGGGUGGUGGUGGUAUGUUAUACAGGCCUCUCAUGGUUUUGGUACAUGGGUGGUGUUUCUUGGAUAGAAACACUUCACUGUGUCAAUCUGUACAUCAUCUUCGCAUGAUGACUUUGUAGUAAGACACUUCAAAGCACCCCCAUCUCCAACCCUUCCUUGAAUUGGCUCUUGGCAUACAUUCUUGUUUAAAAUCAGAUUUCCCCUUACCUAUAUUUAUUUCUCCAUUGUACUAUUCACUGCCUUCCCCAAUUCAGCUGCCCUGUCUAGAAGCUCUAAACUUCGUAAAUUGCAUAGUCUGCAACUCAGUGGUUGCUGGCAGCAGACUACCUAGUUAGGAAAGGCUGCUUCUUUCCUCUCAUGUCUCUAUAACAAUCAGGAUCAUUUAGUGAGAUCCUCCGAUCAUUGUGGUUGUGGGUUUUUUGUGCCUUAGGAUGGGCUGGAGCACUUUAUAGCUAUUGUCUGUGGCUCUUCCUUUCUCUGCAUCUGAAAAAAGUCACUAUUAUUUUGUUGUUAUUUCUCUCUCUCCUGCUUUUUGUUUCUUUUUCAGCUACUGCAGUUUGAUCCUGUUAGUUUGUUUUGUAAAUCCUUGUUGAUCCAGUGGUUGAAAACAUUUCCCCCCCCCUCCUUUUCCCCACUCCAAGAUCAAAUCUGUUUUGCUUUGCUCCUAAAUGUUUGGAUUGCGGCCUUAGUGGACACAGAGGACAAUCCCCCUCAGCAAGGGCCAUAACCAGUAUCUUGACCAGCAGAAUAAUAGUCUAUGUAACCCUACAAUGGACAGGAAUCUCCUUCGUUUCCUCCGCUCACCUCAUCCUGAUCGUGGGAUAGGCUGCCCUUUUACUAAAACGCCUGCAGAAUUGUGGCACUUGCAAGGGAUUCCUUGGAAAAUGUAUUGAAAUGUAAUGAAGCAUUAAAUGAAUAACUCAAGGAAUAACUCAAGAGGAUACCAUGUGUUAUGGUUGUGAUCUUUGCCUAAUAUAUCUUUCAAGCUAUGCUGUCCCAAGAUCUGCCACUGUUGGCCCUCCUCGUCUGUGAUGGAGAUUUUCCUGAGCUGCCCUGAGACCGCAUCUGAAACUUUGUACUCCGCUGAUUGCUGUGAUGUGUGAACAAACCUUUGUACGACAGGAAGAACAGUACUGCUAAUAUCAGGUUUUUAUUUUUCUACUGACACUUCCGUGUUUGAUAUAUUUUACUAAUAAAAUCCCCACUGAUUCCUGUGA